AUGUCUAAUUCGGAGACCUUCAGUGAGCCCCUUUCCAUUUACUGGUCAAAGCCUGUUACACGCACGUUGAUUGAACUUUAUCGACAAAAUCUAUGUUUAUGGAAUGUGAAACUGAAGAGUUACAAAAACAGAGACAAGCGCAUUACAUCACUGAAGGCCAUUGCUGCUGAGAUACGGGAACAAGGUGCUGCAGUUACGACAGAUGACAUAAAAAAGAAUAUAGACACGCUACGAAACCAGUUUAGGCGUGAAUUUAAGAAAAUGAAGGAUUCACAAAGGUCAGGAGCUGGGACUGACAAUCUUUAUUCCCCAAAAUUAUGGUGUUACGAUGACCUGGCAUUCCUCACUGAUAGUGAUACAAUAAGACCCUCAGUGUCAAAUAUGGACAGAAGCCACAGUACCGAGGAUGGACACAAAACGUCUGGAGAUACAUCUGAUAGUGAGGUCGACCUGCAGCUCAGCUAA